CCCUCCUCUCUCCCCCUCUCUCCACAGUCAGACUCCAUUGCUUCUACUUGACACACCGGAGCUCUCGUCCAUCCGGGGCCAUGUUUUGGUUUGGCCAAACCUCCUCGGUCCUCCUGCUGCUCCACCUGAGCGCCGCUCCCGCCAUAUUUUUGGACGGCGAGGCAGCCAACCACGUUCUGACCCGAUGGAGACGGGCCAACAGCUUCCUAGAGGAACUCAAACAGGGCAACCUGGAGAGGGAGUGCAUGGAAGAGGCCUGCAACCACGAGGAGGCGCGAGAGAUCUUCGAAGACGAAGCUAAAACUAAGGAAUUUUGGAACAAAUAUUUUGACGGCGACGCAUGCAUGUCGACGCCCUGCGCCAAUCAGGGAGUUUGCACCGACGCAAUUGGCACCUACACCUGCUACUGCCAGGCCGGCUACCAGGGCUUCAACUGCGAGAUUGUUAUUCCGGAGCUUUGUGAGAAUAAGAACGGCGGCUGCCAACAUUUCUGUAAGGUGGAGCGAGGGAGCAUUCACUGCUCGUGUGCCGACGGAUAUUAUCUGGGAUCGGACGACAAGUCCUGCCACUCGGACGAGCCCUUUAGAUGCGGCACCAUUGUCACCAAAAGCACCCGGACUAUUUUCAGGUACGUGCGUCAGAACACAACCAACAGCAACAGCACCGUUUCAAAGGCCAUCGGGUUGAAGGACACCACAUCAAAUGUCACCGGGACACCAGCCUCACUUCCCAAUGACUUUGUUUUGCCCGAUGGCGAGGUUUUUGAGGAGCUGGUGGUCCCUGAUAUGGCGGAUAUGACCCGCAUUGUCAACGGAGAGAACUGUCCUCCGGGACAAUGUCCAUGGCAGGCGCUCCUCCUGGACGAGGAGAACGUGGGGUUCUGCGGAGGAACCAUCCUCACUAAUUACAUCAUCCUAACCGCCGCCCACUGCAUGAACAAAUCCCGCUACAUCUACGUCAAACUUGGUGAGUUUGACGUGCUGGUGGAUGACGGUAACGAAGCCACCCACACUGUGGAGACCCUCAUCACCCACUCCAUGUUCCGGAAGGACACUUACAACAACGACAUAGCGCUCAUCAAGCUGGCCACGCCCAUCAAGUUCUCCAGGUUCAUCUUGCCGGCCUGCUUGCCUGAUCCAGUCUUCGCGGAAAAGGUGCUGAUGCGCCAGGAGGACGGCAUGGUCAGCGGGUUUGGCCGACUCGGCGAACGCCAGGAGACCUCCACCAUCCUGCAGCGCCUCACCUUGCCCUACGUGGACCGCAACACCUGCUUGGAGUCCACCCAGUUGCGCAUCUCACCCCGCAUGUUCUGCGCCGGUUACGACACCAUAGCCAAAGACGCCUGCCAGGGCGACAGCGGCGGGCCGCACGUCACGCGCUACUCCGACACCUACUUCGUCACCGGCAUCGUUAGCUGGGGCGAAGGAUGCGCAAAAAAAGGCAAGUACGGCGUCUACACGCAGGUCUCCAAGUACAUCAGUUGGAUCCGGCAGGGCAUCGCCGGGCUGAUGCAGAAGGGGAAGAGCGGCGGCAGGGCGAGGAGGCACCAGGGCGCCAUCGAAAGGCUGGUUCUGUAACAACGCGGUUCUUCUUAAUUACAACACAUCUUGUGUUUCUUCUUCUGCAAGACAUUUUCAAUAUUGUAAAAUAUGUAUUCAUGACGGCUUGUUGCCACCAUUGUGGGUCUUCUUUAAAUGGAACUAACUUAAUUGAAUUUUCUGACAUCAGUUUAUAAAGUACAAUUAAAUAGUUAUUCUGCUCAGUAAAAUUAAUAAAAACUU